CUGUAUACACGUACGUAUACGAGAAAGCAAAACCAAUCUCAUGGCGAUUAAGCCAUGAAUGGUAAAAUUAUGCAUUUUAUUAUUCUACAAAGUUUGGAGGAUACACAAUCUUUUGACACACUUUAAGAUCCGACCGAAAAAUAUAUUGAUCUUCGCGCUUCCAAGUCACCGGCAAUUGUUAAUUGAGAUUGGCCUCAUCGAAGGCGAGAGAUUUGACGUCUUCCAGUCACGUCAGUUUUGGUGUCCCAGGCAGCCAAUCACGUUUGAGCACGAAUUCGUCCGGCAUUUGUGAGCUUGCGCGGAUAGAAGGUGCGUUGUACGUGUUGUGUACUGUUGUGUACUCGGCUUCGUGCUGUUCAUUUGAUCAUUUAUUCAGCAGGUGGGAAUCGGUUUCGUGUUAAACAAUUUCUUCAGCCAGUUGUUUGUGGCGUGGCCCACAGUUUUAAGCGAAGUCAUGUACCGAGUUUUUU